ACACCAGAAGACUUCCGGAAUCCGGAUACGGACCACGUAGCAACAGAAGAUGCUUUCACGUCUCUGCUCCGAUAAAAGCGAAAUCCUGCCACCGCCGCUUCGUUCUCGCUGCUCGUCGGCUUAUAAAAUCCACUCGGACUAAAUUUACCACCAGAUAGAAACGCCUGUCGAUCACCAUGGCCGGCGCAGAGGGGGCUAAACUCUGGGGAGGUCGUUUUGCCGGAGACACAGAUCCGAUCAUGAAGAAGUUCAACGCCUCCAUCCCUUUUGACCAGAGAAUGUGGGAUGCUGACAUCCGAGGGAGCAAAGCCUACGCGAAAGCUCUGGAAAAGGCUCAGCUGGUCAGCACAAAGGAAAUGGAGCAAAUCCUGACUGGCAUGGAUCAGAUUUUCGAGGAGUGGUCUACAGGAGUUUUUUUGAUCAAACCGGAAGAUGAGGACAUUCACACUGCCAAUGAACGCAGACUUAAAGAGCUGAUUGGAGCUCCUGCAGGGAAGCUGCACACGGGCAGGAGCAGGAACGAUCAGGUGGUGACUGACAUGAGGUUGUGGCUACGAGAUGCGAUCAAAACCCUCACAGACAACUCCCUGCAGCUCAUAUCUACCAUGGUGGAGCGGGCGGCAGUAGAGAUUGACGUCCUUUUUCCUGGUUACACUCACAUGCAGAGGGCUCAGCCAAUCAGAUGGAGCCACUGGAUUCUGAGUCAUGCUGUUGCAUUAAGCAGAGAUGUGGAGCGGCUUUUGGAGAUCAAGAAGCGAGUGAACGUCUUGCCUCUGGGCAGCGGAGCCAUCGCGGGAACCCCCUUUGACAUCGAUAGGGAGCUUUUACGCAAAGAGUUAGGAUUUGAUGGCAUCAGCCUGAACAGCAUGGACGCCACAGGCCAAAGAGACUUUAUUGUGGAGUUUUUGUUCUGGGCUUCUUUGUGUUUGAUCCACCUCAGUAAGAUGGCCGAGGACCUCAUGCUGUACAGCACCAAGGAGUUCUCCUUCAUUUCUCUCUCUGAUGCCUACAGCACAGGCAGCAGUUUGAUGCCUCAGAAGAAGAACGCUGACAGCCUGGAGCUGAUCAGGAGUAAAGCAGGUCGUGUCUUUGGCAAAUGUUCGGGGUUCAUGAUGACACUCAAAGGCCUGCCCAGCACUUAUAACAAGGACCUGCAGGAGGAUAAGGAGGCCAUGUUUGACUGUUUCGAUACUGUCCAGGCUGUGCUGCAGGUGACAACUGGAGUCAUGUCCACUCUUCAGAUCAACCAGAGCGUGAUGGAAGCUGCCCUGAGUCCCGACAUGUUGGCCACUGAUCUGGCCUACUACCUUGUGAGGAAGGGGGUUCCCUUUAGAGAGGCUCAUGGAGUCUCUGGUAAAGCUGUGUUUGCAGCUGAAUCUCAACACAUCAGCCUGAAUCAGCUCACUGUGGAGGACCUGACUGCUGUUAGCCCUCUGUUUGGAGGCGACGUUUCCUCAGUGUGGGACUACAGGAGCAGCGUGGAGCAGUACAGCGCCCCCGGAGGUACAGCCAAGAGUAGCGUCGCUGCGCAGGUGGAACACCUGAGGAUCUGGCUGACAAAGCAAACACAGUGACUUUAAUCCCAGCUACUGCUGUCAGGUUUAGGUCAAAGUAAACUGUUACAUCCAGACACGGCUUUGAUUUUCAAAAAUGUGUGCCGUCUCGCUUAACCGUCCUGUCUGAUCAGUGUUCAGCAGGUGACAAAAUAAAGUUGCUGUUACACUUUA